AUGGUGACGUCAUACGCCUCAUGGGGACAAGCUCUGGUUCUGAUCUCUCCGUACACCUUCUCCACCAUCGGAAUCGCCAUAUCCAUCGGCGUCUCCGUCCUCGGCGCCACCUGGGGAAUAUAUAUAACGGGGAGUAGUUUAAUCGGUGCUGCCAUCAAAGCUCCUCGCAUUACCUCGAAAAAUCUAAUCAGUGAGAGCUAG